AUGAAAUCUGAAAAUUUAGCUUAUUCAUUCUUAUGGGCUCCAGUAACACCGUUGCAGGCUCUUCUGGAAACGGCAGCGUCAUUGGCCAGCAUUCCAGCUUUCGUGCCUUACCUCGUCAAACCAUAUACGAAGGGCGCAAAAUCCAUUGCUAAGGAGCUUCUCAUACCUUUCAAGGAAAUCAUGUCCUCAUACAACUCUACAUGGAAAGAACAAAUGGGUUCUCCCGACUUUAGGAUGGUCGAAUUUAUUAGAAAAACUGAAUCUUACGCUGAGGUGAGAAAUUCGAAUAUAUUGGCUACCUGCGGAGAUAUCAUCUUGAAAGCGGCUCGUGAGUAUGAACGAACAUUGCCUGAUGAAGAACGUAUAAGAACGGCCUCGGUGAUCCGACCUCCUUCUACACCAAUAGAAAACAAGGAUGAAAUGCUCGAUUCAGCUGAUCUAUCACUACUGUACGGGAAGGCUCUCAAGCAUCUUCAGAUGCAGUUUAUAGGAGAUUAUGGCAAGCUAGUCACUCCUUAUACAUUCAAGAAAGACAUUCGCAACACCAAUCCAUUCUCACCAUCAUUACGCGAAAGAACAAAACGAAUAGCAAAAGAACUUGCCUCGAUGCCGAACGCUCUACCGCUCAAUGCAAGCAAUAGCAUAUUUGUAUGCGUCGACGAAGGGCGAUGUGACAUAAUCAAGGUUCUCAUAUCCGGCCCCGAUGACACUCCUUACGCAAAUGGGCUCUUUGAGUUUGACGUAUUCUUCCCCACCAGUUACCCGUACUCACCUCCGAAGUGCGCCUUUUUGACAACUGGAGCAGGGAAUGUUCGAUUCAACCCCAAUCUCUACAAUGACGGAAAAAUCUGCCUUUCGAUCCUAGGAACUUGGGAAGGACGCCCUGAGGAAAAAUGGAGCUCAUACUGUUCAUUGAUGCAAGUGCUUGUUAGCAUACAGGGGCUUAUUUUCGUCAAGCAUCCAUAUUUCAACGAACCUGGUUUCGAGAAGUAUCAAGGAACGGAAAAAGGCGAUGACUAUUCCAGAAAGUACAAUCUGCAGAUCGAGCAUGCUACACUCAAUUAUGCCAUACGAGAUCAACUGAAGAAUCCUUCGGAGUAUUUCAAGAAAGUGAUUCUACGGCAUUUCUGGCUAAAGCGUCACGCGAUCAUAAAACAAGCAAAAAAUUGGAUAGUUGAGAUGAGGAAGGACGUAGCAGAGGCGGAACGAAACCCAAAAAGGAGGGAAAGCCUCACAUUUGAGAGUCUCUACAAUCCCUACCAACAGGUCUGUGGCUAAGC